AUGUCGAACCAGGUGGUGGAAGAUUUUGUAGAACAAAUGAAGUCAGAGUUUGAGAUGAGUCUAGUAGGAGACCUGACUUACUUUCUGGGGUUGCAAGUGAAACAAAUGGAGAAUACAAUCUUCAUCUCUCAAAGCAAAUAUGCCAUAAGCAUUGUCAAGAAAUUUGGUCUGGAAAAUGCAAGUCAUAAGAGGACUCCAACUGCUACUCAUAUCAAACUAACGAAAGAUGAGAAGGGAGUUAGUGUGGAUCAAAGUCUAUACAGGAGUAUGAUUGGAAGUCUUUUGUAUCUCACUGCUAUUGUGAUGCAGAUUGGGCAGGUAGUGCAGAUGAUAGGAAGAGUACAUCUGGAGGUUGUUUCUUUCUUGGAAGCAACUUGA